CGCCGACCCACACAAGACAGCGCCUCGUGUGAAUAAUUUCAACCCUCACUCAACGCUUCGACGUCGUCCCGUCUGCGGUCAAUUGAUCCACGCACACGCCCUCCCUUUUAAACAUUAGACCAUUUGAUUUGCUUAGAGACAUUCAGAUCGUCAAGGUACACGGAGUUCCUCUCCCUGACCGCCAACAACUCAGUUGGCCAAGACUCAGUCGAGUCACUCACCAUGGCCAACACUCCACAGCCCAGUCGAAAAAGAGUUGUUCAUCAACUGGACACGCCAUUUUCAGCUAUCCCGUGGCCAACGAUUUCUUCCGGGGACCAGGAUACCAUUCUUGAACUGCUAUGCGACCUCUUAAGCCCCUUGGGCCAACAUCGCCAAAGUUAUACCAAACCGUCCAAGGGUAAAAGAGCAGCAAAACGGGACAAGGCAGCCAAAAAGUCUCAGGAUCCCGCUGAAGAGUCCCCAGUGCCACCCACGCCUGAGCUAAACGCCAGGAUUGAUGUCGGCCUGAACUCCAUUACCAGAAAUCUUGACCCGCUGGGUGACAGCUCUGACCGACAGUAUUCCAUGGUUUUUGUAGCACGCGGGGACCAAGGGUCAUCAUUUAACUGCCACUUCCCGCAGAUGGUUGGUGCCACCUCGAAAUGCCUCGAUUCUGAGAAGAAGAUCCGGUUGGUCGGGUUCUCCAAACCGUGCUCUGACAGGCUGAGUGCUUGUUUGGGGCUACCCAGAGUUUCGUCUGUUGCAAUCACGACCGAUGCCCCUGGUGCCAAUGCUUUGCAGGAGUUUGUACAGAAGACGGUGGCGCCCGUGAAUGCGGCCUGGCUGGAUAAAUCCCAAGACACACAUUACCUAGCGACGAUGAUCAAUGCGACUGAGAUCACGGUUGCACCCAAGCGAGUCCGAAAUGAGGCAUAGCACAAGGCCAUAGUAUGUACCCUAUAAUAAAAUAUUGAGGACAAGUUUUUUGAGGUGGUCCCUUCAUGGGUGACCAGAUAUCCGCGUCAAAUACAUAUGGGGAGAAAGGAGGAUGGCCUUACUUCAGGGUGAUCUUUACCUAACCACUACCGUUCAUCA